UGUGUGUGUGUUUUUGUGACUUGAGCUCCGCUGAAGAACUGAGGGCUGUCUCCUGUACUCCCUGCAGAGUGCAGCCAUGAUUCUUUCCACCUAUAACACCAUCCAGUCGAUUUUCUGCUGCUGCUGUUGCUGUUCAGUGCAGAAGCGUGUCAGACAAGUGAGAACACAAAUAAGUCUAAGUGAAGAUGAAGAACUUUCAGAAAAAUACCCAUCACGUCACAGGCCAUGGCCCUGCGAGUCAUCAACUAAGAAGCAAUCCAACAGGGGCCAUGUGAAGCCAUCAAAACGUAAGCCGCUGCCUCCCCUCCCCAUCCCUGAGGUUGCUGAAGAGAUGAUCCAGGUCAAGGCUCUUUAUGACUUUCUGCCCAGAGAACCCUGUGAUUUAGCAUUAAAGAGAACAGAAGAAUACUUGGUAUUGGAGAAGUAUACCCCUCACUGGUGGAAGGCAAGAGAUCGUUUUGGGAAUGAAGGCUUAAUCCCAAGCAACUACGUGACUGAAAACAAGCUAACCAAUUUGGAAAUGUAUGAGUGGUACCAUAAAAACAUUACCAGAAAUCAGGCAGAACGUCUAUUGAGACAAGAGUCUAAAGAAGGUGCAUUUAUUGUCAGAGAUUCGAGACAUUUGGGGUCCUACACAAUUUCUGUGUUUGUAAGAGCUAGAAGAAGUACUGAGGCUACCAUCAAACAUUAUCAGAUUAAAAAGAAUGACUCAGGACAGUGCUACGUGGCUGAAAGACAUCUCUUUCAAUCAAUCCCUGAACUGAUCUGGUAUCACCAGCACAAUGCAGCCGGUCUCAUGACCCGUCUCCGCUACCCAGUUGGGCUGAUGGGGAGUUGUUUGCCAACCACAGCUGGUUUUAGCUAUGAAAAGUGGGAGAUCGAUCCAUCCGAGUUGGCUUUUAUAAAGGAGAUUGGAAGUGGUCAGUUUGGGGUGGUCCAUUUAGGUCAAUGGCGUGCGCAUAUCCAGGUAGCGAUCAAGGCCAUCAACGAAGGCUCCAUGUCUGAAGAGGAUUUCAUUGAAGAGGCCAAAGUGAUGAUGAAAUUAUCUCAUUCAAGGUUAGUUCAGCUUUAUGGAGUGUGUAUACAGAGGAAGCCACUUUAUAUCGUGACAGAGUUUAUGGAAAAUGGCUGCCUGCUGAACUAUCUCAGGGAGAGAAAAGGAAAGCUUAGAAAGGAAAUGCUGCUGAGUAUGUGCCAGGAUAUAUGUGAAGGAAUGGCAUAUCUGGAGAAAAACUGCUUUAUUCAUCGGGAUUUAGCGGCAAGGAAUUGUUUGGUCAGCUCUACAUGUGUUGUAAAAAUUUCAGACUUUGGAAUGACGAGGUACGUUUUGGAUGAUGAAUAUAUCAGUUCUUCUGGAUCCAAGUUCCCAAUCAAAUGGUCCCCUCCUGAAGUUUUUCACUUCAACAAGUACAGCACCAAAUCUGAUGUCUGGUCAUUUGGAGUUUUGAUGUGGGAAGUUUUUACAGAAGGUAAAAUGCCUUUUGAAAAUAAGUCAAAUUUACAAGUAGUAGAAGCCAUUUCUAAAGGCUUUAGGCUGCACCGUCCUCACCUGGCGCCAAUGUCCAUAUAUGAAGUCAUGUACAGCUGCUGGCAUGAGAAACCCAAAUGUCGCCCUACAUUUGCUGAACUGCUACAGGUUCUCACAGAGUUUGCAGAGACCUGGUGACCUGAAACAGAAUGCCAACUCAGAAGGACAUCAUGCAAAUUUGCCUCAAAAGGAAAUUCUGCAUGAUAUCACUGAUGGUGAAUAUUUUGCUUUAGAGUUGUUGACUCUUGGAUACAGUGCAAAGAUCGCAAGCUUUUAAAACUUUUUUAAAUUUAAGAAUAUUCUGACAACAGCUUUUCUAUGUGUGUGUUUGAGAGAGACUUUUAAACUCUUAUUUUUUGGUAAUAUUUUUCAUGUCCCACAUAUGAAGAAGGGAAAAAGACUCUACAGCAACCUUCAUAGUGGCUGCUCUUCACUAUAAUAGCCCCGAGAGCCCCUGAGGUACAUGAAAAAUGGAUCCUUUUCAGGGUGAAGAAAUUUCUUUCCUGAAGCAGAAUGACAUUCUUUACCUCAGUGGUCCAUGUAUAGAAGAUGAAAGGAAAUUCUGUCAACUCAUGGAAUAAAAGACCCUCCCCUUCAGAGUUUCAUGCUUUUGAGCUGUACAGAUCUUUAUAGAAAAUACACCUUUACUAACCACAUGAACAUGAAUAUUCUGGAGCUGUCUUUUAUAGUCUCCCCAUACAUUAUUUGACAAAUAUGCUGUUUUUGCACAUAUCUGAUUAUUUUGGAGCCAUUUUCUUACAUCUCAGUUCUAAAUGCUGUUACAGGAGAUAACCAAAAUUCCCCUUGAACAGAUCCUGGUGACAUUUCCUUUUUCCAGUGAUAUCCAUUGUCAGGAGCAAUUCAGAACCUGAAUUUCAAUUCUGAAAUUUCACACUCUGUAAAUGUGAGAUCGGACAAUUUAAGAAGCCUUAUUUUGUCAUUGAAAUUGCCUCCAGACACCUCCUGUUACCUUUCUGGAUAACAAUUUGUUCUUUCUACAAAACAGUAUAGCCACAUGCUCUGUGUGUUACAUAAGACUAUUAUUCCUAAAGUCAGUGGUUUUGAAUUCAAGAUGAAACGACCAGCAAUGAUGAUUAAAUGUUAAUUUCUCAUGCACACUUUGUAUAAACGAUUAGAAAAUGAUCUUUAUCAUGUGGAGUACUUCAGAAGUACCAUAGGAAGAAAAACGCUGCAGAGAGCACAAGUAUAAUUACCAUGAGGUUAAACAAUGGAAGUCUAUUAUUUGUAUGUUGUCCCACCCUGCAUCCUGAUUCUGAGGUUAUAUAUUUUGUAAUUCUCAUUAGCUUAUAAAUUCCUGGAUGUCAGUAUUUGGACUUUUAAGUCAUAUUUCCCUACUCCAAAAAUGGUACCUUUGAAUAUCAGUGGUACUCAAUAAAUGUGCAUUGAUGUAAUGAGCAUCAGGUGUAAGAAGAGACCUGAUCAUUCAAGUGGUGGUCUCAGAAACAUUUCUAUGAGAUACUUGGUGUUUUUGAGACUGUCACACCUCUUUUCCUCAUAACUCUUGCUAUGGUGAGGUAAGACAGAGGGCUUCCGCAACUGAGAACUUAGUUCAAAUAAGAUAUAAGAAUGCCUAGCUCAAGAGGGCAUGAACCAAAAGCUUAGGGAGGUGAGGUUAAUAUCAUGACAUAGGAAAUAGUGUAAUAUUAAUAUAGGGAGCAGGGUGCUGCUAUGGGUUGAAUUGUUGCCCCCAAAAGAUUUGUUAAAAUCCUAACACCUGGUACCUGUAAAUGUGACCUUGUUUAGAAAUAAGGUCUUUGAAGAUAUUAUUAGUUAACAAGUCAUACUGGAGUAGGGUGGGCCCUAACCCAAUAUGACUGAUAUCCUUAUAAAAAG